UUCAUGCGCCGCAUUGUACGACCUAGUCUUAAACUGUGAUCGGGCGCGGGUUGAGCUAUAAUUGCAACUGUGGCGUGAUUAAAUUAUAAGGCUGCCCGAGCGACCUUUUAAGCGUCCCCUUGACGCCGCCAUCGCAGCUGUUGCUUUUAAUUAAUUUGCGCUUAGACGUCGAGUUACGAAGAAAAAUUACCAGCCGCCCAAGCGAGAAAAAAAAUAAAAUAGUAAAAGUCUAGCUUAACGUUUUUUCUUGGCGUUCAGGUGAGAAAUGAACAAUGUUUGCGGCCAGUAGGCAGUCGCCACCGUCAUUACGCAGAUUUCUCUAAGGUACACAUCCAAAAAAAAAAAAAAUAAAUUACUGUGGACGUGCUUCGGAUCCGAGACGCAGAUGUGGGUCAACAGCUGGUCGCAGUGGUGCUUGAGGCUGCACUUCCGCUACAUAAAUUGGCGACCAAAGUUUUAUAGUUUGGCAGUCCUGUGGAUGGGUUGAGGUGGACGUGUGGUUAGACAAAUGUCCCAUUAAAUAUUUGGUUUUGGUAAUAGGAAAUUCUAUUAAGACAAGAACUCGCCAGACAUUUGAACAAUAUUCAAUUUUUAAUGCAUCUGCGGGCAACGCUUCUCAUGCACAGGCCACCGCUGCCGCCGCCACUGCCGCUGCUGACCUUGGCAGUCUAGAGUGUCAACAACAAUAACAUCGAGCACGACAACAACAACAACAGCCAUGGCUAGCAGCAGCAAUGAUACGACGCCGCUUUACUGCGGCACGGGCAUGGAUAAUUUCCAUACGAGCUAUAAGAAUAUGCACGGCUAUAUCUCGCUGGUGGUAUGUAUACUGGGCACCAUAGCCAAUACCUUGAACAUUAUUGUGCUGACACGGCGUGAGAUGCGUUCGCCCACGAACGCGAUUCUGACGGGCUUGGCCGUGGCCGAUCUGGCUGUCAUGCUGGAGUACAUACCCUACACGGUGCACGAUUAUAUACUGAAGGACAGCCUGCCCAGAGAGGAGAAGCUCAGCUAUGGCUGGGCCUGCUUCAUCAUGUUUCACUCGAUCUUUGCCCAGGUGCUGCACACGAUCUCCAUCUGGCUGACAGUCACGCUGGCUGUCUGGCGUUACAUUGCAGUGGGCUAUCCGCAAAAGAAUCGAUUGUGGUGCGGCAUGCGCACCACUAUAAUAACCAUAACCACAGCAUAUGUUGUCUGCGUGCUGGUGGUUUCACCCUCGCUCUAUCUGAUCACGGCCAUUGCCGAAUGGAUGGAUCAGUUGGAUGCGGAAGGCAAGGUGAUAAAAAGCAUACCCCUGAGCCAAUACCUGAUCGACUAUAGAAACGAGCUGCAAGCUGCAACGUUUGCUGCGCUAAAUGCCACGCCCCCUAGCCUAAUGGCCAAUGAUACUCAGAGGGUAAAUAUGAGCAUAUUGACCACAACCGCAACGCCAACUGCAGUGCCCGCGCCCCUUGUGGUGCGCAACGUGACCGUCUAUCGGCUGUCCCACAGCGAUCUGGCCCUGCACAAGCCCUUGCUGCUGAAUGCCACCUUUCUGAUCUACAGCGUGGUCAUCAAGUUGAUACCUUGCAUUGCACUGACCAUACUCUCGGUGCGGCUCAUCCUGGCUCUGCUGGAGGCCAAGAGGCGACGCAAGAAGCUGACCAGCAAGCCGGCUUCGGCGACGUCGUCCAGCAACGGCACCAAGACUGUGGUCAAUGGCAAGCCAGCCGAGCGACCGCGCAAGAAUAGCAAAACCCUGGAGAAGGAGAAGCAAACGGAUCGCACCACACGCAUGCUGCUGGCGGUGCUCCUGCUGUUCCUCAUCACAGAAUUUCCCCAGGGCAUUAUGGGACUGCUGAACACAGUGUUGGGGACUGCAUUUCUGCUGCAAUGCUAUCUGAAACUGAGUGAUCUGAUGGACAUACUGGCUUUAAUCAAUUCCAGCAUCAAUUUCAUACUCUACUGCUCCAUGAGCAAACAAUUUCGCAGCACAUUUACUCUGCUAUUUCGACCAAAGUUUCUGGAGAAGUGGCUGCCCGUGGCACAGGACGAGCUGACGGCCACUCGGGCGGACGGGCUGCAGCGGUCAGUGAUAGCGGCGGCACCUGACAAGUGCCAAGUGCCGAUACACAAGCAGCCACAAGUGGUGACACUGGCAGCCACCACCACUACAACGACCACCCAAGUAACGAAUCUGUAGCACAAAAGCCAGCAGCUGCAAGCGCCCAGUCAUGUGGCUGGCGGCAAUACCCAAGAGGCAAAGCCAUGCCACGCCAUUGUCGUAGUUGUGGACAAUGCGAGCGGUGCAGUGGAUCAUCGCCUGUGUGUCGACGAAGCGUUGUCACUCGCCAGCAAUGGCAGCUCACAUGCCACAUAGUUUCGCGAAUGCAAUUAGAUAUAGCUGCUUAUGUAAAUGAAAUUCAAUAAAAAGAAUAUAUAUAUAUAUUUGGUCCAAAUCUACAGUUUACGGUUGAUAAGUUGUUUUGUGGUGCGCACAAUAAAGUAUUGCAUACAUUAGGGCGUUUUGCAUAACAUCAGCCAAAAUACAAAUAAUAACAAUGCAAACAAAAAAGCGAUAAUAAUGCACAUCAUUCAUACGCACCAUUGGCUUGGCAAUAUCAUGUUAAAAAACUCGCACAGCUAGAGGGAAAUAAACAGGAUAAGAAUUCCGUGUGCACAUGCUGGAAUGCGCGGCUGUCAAAUGCAAAUCAAGCAGGAUGACUAAGCGCUCCAUGCGAUUAAACAAUUUGAUUUAUAUAACAAAAGGUAAUCAAAAAUAAAG